UGGCAACGCUGAUCCAAUAAGGUCCAAUAAGGUCUGAUAAGGUCCGACAGCAAGUGUCGGUACGAGCUGCUGCUUCGGGAGAGUCAGGGAGAGUUAGGGAGAGUCGCGAUGGAGCGUCGUUGUUGUCGUGCAAUUCCUGUCUCACGACAUUGGUGACUUGGGUCAAUUUUGCCCGGGCCCGUACCCAAAAUCGCGCAGCGACCUUGUCGAGAGUUCGGGACAGCACUGGGUCGAAAAAACGUUACGAACCAGCCGAACCAAUCACAGAAAAAGAAAAUGAGGCCGUAUACACGGAUCGCGAGCUACGCGCUUUGGUUCCUGGUGCUCCAGGUCGAGCUCACUAAUUCCGGGAGUUCUUGGAGGUUGAGUGCUGAUAAAGUGGUUAAGGCGACCGAGUUCGUUCCUUCGCUCGAGGAGGACCCUAUUUUCGACAUUCUGGCGAAUAGCGUCAACCUCGGCAACGGUCAAGGUUGGAGCAAAAGCGCUGUACCGAAUGAGAAUGGGAUGCUGCAGAUUUAUUGCAACGAAUGCAAUGGUUUUAUGCCUGGAAAUUUCGAUCGAAGACUCUCGUCUUACGCUUCAACCGAUACGACUAAUACAACCGAUGGCUUUCCGGUGCCCUCCAGGGGCUUGAGCGAACGGUUCGCCCAUGUCGCCAACCGAGAGUACGACGACGUUCUGGAUUGCGGCAAGCCGGUCAACUUUACGUACUACGACAACUUGAUCGGAGUUGCCAACAGGAAUAAACAUCCAUUAGUGCCAGAGCCUAACGUGGCCCUUAUCUUUAAAAAAAAAGGAGCCAAGGGUAUCGUAGACGUCGAUAUCAACUCUCUGGAGAAGCGAUUGAAGAAGGCCAAACGAGAGAAACCAAAGUCUGUCCAGUUGUACAACCAGAUCGGCAACUUUUGGCGUAUAAAGGGAAACGCACAGAGAUCGAUCGAGUGCUUCAGAAGAGCCCUGGCGGUCUCACCUCACAAUGCCGAAGUGCUCUUGAACUUGGCCAGGGUGCUGCUAAUCCUUCAAUACUUGGACGAUGCGACCUACCUGGCCAGACGAUCCUUGGAGCUGUUACCUCCCGAACGCGAUGCCUGGGAACAGUUCCUCACGUUGGGACAAAUAUUCAAGGCAUACGGUCACUUCCAAGAAGCAGCCAUUCACUUGAGGCAUGCCUUGGAACUGAAGCCAGAUUUGACGGAUGCCGCGGAGGCUUUAAAGGAGGUGGAAUCCUUACCGGUAGCCAGCAUUCACGUUUACACCUUGCUGAUCAUCGUGUGCCUGGUACUCGGAGUGCUGUUAGUGAUCUUGAGCAGCGGGGAAUGCGAAGAGGACUCGAAUCCGAACGGGGAUCAAAUGCAGCGACCGGUUCAGCGCCACUUUAACCGAGCCAUGGCGAUGCGUAGCCUGCGUCUCAACGUAUCGCGCAACAAACGCUGCUGAUGAUCCAUCCGCUCGUUCGAUCCCACGAGAUCCAUCUCACGCACCGUAAUUCAUUAUUAUUUAUAACAUGCAUGUAUCAUUUACGAAGGGUCGCGCGAACCUUUACGAUAAGCCAAGAAAUAAUACAAAGUUCAGUAGUGGUCGACGACUCGUUCCACCGGACGAGCGAACGAUACCCCUCCGGUGGAAGCCGAAUAUCUUCGUCCGGAACCGGUCCGAAGGAAACUGGCAGAAAUAAACCGUACCAAGGGAGCUUGGGUUAACGAGGUUUA